CUCGGCUACUUCAGGAAUCUAUUUAUACUAGGAAGUAAUGGACUCCUGAUAACUUUAAUACGUUUGCUACAGAUGCUUCCUAAUCACGGGGGUGAAGAAUAUUGCUGAAAUCCCGUCACGUACUUUCCUAUCCAGUCUUUUUAUUGAAUCUAUGGUAUGAUGCUGAACACGCACGAGAAACUGGGACCUAGAAAAUUUUGGCGGGAAAAGCUCACACGUGACAUUGACAAAAUGGCGGACGUUGAACAGAUGGAAACAGACAUAGUCGAUGAAAAAAWKAUGAAAUCAACCUCACAGACAGCGAAAAUGGACGUGGAUUUGCCGGAGGCAGAGACCAAAAAGUCUUCUGGUGAUAAACCAGGAAAGAAAUUGUCCAAAGGGUUUGAAUUGCCAUGGGUUGAGAGAUAUCGUCCAACAAAGCUCAGUGAAAUUGUUGGUAAUGAGGAAACUGUCUCAAGACUUCAGGUAUUUUCUGAACAGGGAAAUGUACCUAACAUCAUUAUUGCUGGCCCACCUGGUUCAGGUAAAACUACUAGUAUUCUGUGUUUAGCAAGAGCACUGCUCGGAAGCUCAUUCAAAGAUGCUGUCAUGGAACUCAAUGCCUCAAACGACAGAGGUAUAGAUGUAGUUCGAAAUAAAAUCAAGAUGUUUGCUCAACAAAAGGUGACUUUACCAAAAGGACGACACAAGAUAAUAAUUCUUGAUGAGGCUGACAGUAUGACUGAUGGUGCUCAACARGCAUUGAGAAGAACCAUGGAAAUAUACUCUAAAACAACAAGGUUUGCCUUGGCUUGCAACACAUCAGAAAAGAUUAUAGAGGCAAUUCAAUCAAGAUGUGCUAUUUUGAGGUAUUCAAAGCUAACAGACAGUCAGGUUCUGACAAGAUUAUUAGAGAUAUGUGACAAAGAAAAGGUACCAAAAACAGAUGAUGGAUUAGAGGCAAUUAUAUUUACAGCACAAGGGGACAUGCGUCAAGCAAUCAAUAACCUUCAAUCAACAUAUUAUGGCUUUGGUAUGAUAAACAGUGACAGUGUAUUCAAGGUUUGCGAUGAGCCACAUCCUUUACUGAUCAAAGAAAUGUUAAAGUCAUGUUCAAAGGGAGAUAUCGACAGCGCCUACAAAACCCUUUCACAUUUAUGGCAAAUGGGUUACUCACCUCAGGACAUCAUAUCCAUCAUCUUUCGUGUCUGUAAAACUAUGGAAUUGGCAGAGUAUUUAAAACUAGAAUUCAUCAAGGAAAUUGGUUUCACUCACAUGAGAAUUGUUGAAGGCGUUGAUUCUCUUUUACAACUAUCAGGUCUUCUGGCUCGUUUAUGUAAAAAAGUAGCUACAUAAGAAAUACUACCCUACAUCAGAUCUCAAGUUCAGGGGCUUCAAAAUUACUUCGUUUUCUCUGUCUGGCUCACUUCUGGGGGUAUUUAUAAAUAUACAUAUAAUUUGGUUCACGCAUACACAAGGCAUUAUAUUAAAUCAAGUCUUGUCAGUCAAGUGCAUUAAUUUGUAAAUUGAGCUUGAUACACACAAUCACUGUCAUUACCAUAGUUACUGGAUUAGAGGCCAUUGUUUGGUAAGUCUUAGGAGUUUUUGAAAAUGGUUUGCAAUGGAAAUCAGAAUGCAUUGUGGGUAUUCUGCUCCUAUAGAAGAUAGUAUUUGGAAUACUCCAGUUUUGAAUUCUCUUUUGUGGAAGUUUAGCUUCAAUUAAGCAUAAUUUUUUAUUGUCUUCUUUGUACACAGAGUUUUUGAAUUACAAUAGGAUCUCUGCUGGAUAAAAGAGUAUAUUACAUGCUUUUUGAGGCUGCACAAAUAAGAUCUUGAAACUGGAGUAUUCCAGAAUGUCACCCUGUGUGAGCAAACAUAGUUGGUUUUCCUUUCCUUACUAUUCAAAGAGGAAAAGGUUCCUUUCAUCAUUCUAGUCAUUCUCAAUUGUGAUUUGCAAUGAAAAACAUGUCCUAACAGGGAAUUCACAAAACCCUGGCAAGGAGCAGGAAACACUAGAAUUCUUUGAUGUUGUUAUUAUCAUAGACCUUUCCUGAAAUACAAAUCAUAGUGCAUUGUGGUCUAGCUUCAGUGCAAACAAUGCCAUAUUUGGCAGCAUGAACAWUUAAGAUGUUUGUACCGAAUCYAGACCAAAAUGCAAUGCAAACUGCUAUCUCAGAAAAGGUCUAUGUGAUUUGAGAGUGAGUGUUGUAAWAGGAAAAAGAUUCUCACCAGAUAAUUGUCUAUUAUAAAUAUAUGACUGAAGGUUUAGAGAGGUAAUACACUAAUAAAGCUGUUUAUUUAACAAACAAA